GCAGUCCUCCGGGCCCAUAGGAGGCGCUGUGGCCCCGUACAUGCCGCGCUCACCGUCACUAGUCCCGGGAAACGUUUUCUGGAGGCGCAAGACAACCGGUAAAAAUGCCCAUGAUCGAAUACGACGACUCAAAGCCCAGCUGGGCCGAUCAAGUGGAGGAGGAAGGAGAUGAAGGUUCACUCCCUUCACCUAAAGAGACUGUCAAAGGUAAUAUUAAGACCGUCACAGAAUACAAGAUUGAUGAAGAUGGCAAGAAAGUUAAGAUUGUCAGAACCUUUAAAAUUGAGACACGCAAGGCCUCCAAAGCAGUUGCCAGGAGGAAGAAUUGGAAGAAAUUUGGCAAUUCUGAAUUUGACCAACCAGGGCCUAAUGUUGCCACCACUACAGUGAGCGAUGAUGUCUUCAUGACUUUCAUCUCUAACAAAGAGGACUUGAAUGCUCAAGACCAGGAUGAGGAUCCCAUGAACAAGCUGAAAGGACAGAAGAUCGUGUCCUGCCGUAUCUGUAAGGGCGAUCACUGGACCACCCGCUGUCCGUACAAGGAUACGCUUGGACCUAUGCAGAAGGAACUAGCCGAGCAGUUGGGCUUGUCAACAGGAGACAAAGACAAAGCAGCAGAGCCUGAGCCCGCUCAGCCCGUCCAGAGCAAGACCGGGAAGUACGUUCCCCCGAGCCUGCGGGACGGAAGUACGCGCAGAGGAGAGUCUAUGCAACCUAACCGCAGAGCUGAUGAUAAUGCUACAAUCCGUGUGACCAACCUGUCCGAGGACACCAGGGAAACAGAUCUGCAGGAACUUUUCAGACCUUUCGGUUCCAUCUCUAGGAUCUAUCUGGCUAAGGACAAGAACACAGGCCAGUCUAAGGGCUUUGCUUUCAUCAGUUUCCACCGGCGCGAGGAUGCUGCAAGAGCCAUCGCUGGUGUGUCCGGCUUUGGCUACGAUCAUCUCAUUCUUAAUGUGGAAUGGGCCAAGCCUUCCAACAACUAAGAGUUUAACACAUUCCAGGAGGUCUGAAAGUGUUCUCCCAAUUGUAUAAGGCAGUCAUCCAAAUAAAUGCACAUUAUUAAAAAAUUAAUUUGUCAUUUGUACAUUUACACUUGUUUUUUUUGUUGUUCCUCAUUGUUUUGCUGGGUACAUUUUUUGAAAUGGACAUCAUCUGAAAGCUGAAUAAGCUUUCAAUUGAUGAAAUUGAGUUAUAGGAUACUGCUGUAAUAAAGCUGUGGAAAGUAGAUGUAUCUGAAAGCAAAAAUUCUAAGCUUUACACAGAUAGCAAACUUGAGUGGGUAAUUCCCAAAUAGCGGCCAGCAGCGAGUGAAGUGUGUAGGUGUGUUUCUGGCCAUUUUUGUUAGCAGCUUUACUGCAUUCUCACAAAAAUAAAGUUUUGGUAGAUUUACAAAAUAUCAUAAUGGAUUCGUAAUAUCAUAAUUUUUGGCACAAACAAAAUAUUGAUAAUUUUGACCCAUACAA